AAACCCUAGUGCAAUAGGUAGCUGCAACGCAGCGCAUCCCAUAAAACCUGUUUCUAUUGACCAUGCAUUCCCAUAUUGAGAGAAUUCUAUGGAGCGAGGACCAAAUUUCUCGCCGUGUUUUCGAGCUCGCCGCCGAAAUCUCUGACGACUUCGGCGGCCAUUCUCCGGCGCCCGUGGUCGUCGGCGUGGCCACUGGCGCGUUCCUCUUCUUGGCUGACCUUGUUCGCAAAAUAGAUCUCUCCAUCGCCGUUGAUUUCGUCCGAGUCGAAUCCUACAGUUCCGGAACCGUGUCCAAUGGCGCACCCACCAUUUCCUUCGAUUUGAAGGUCGACGUCAACUCCCGCCAUGUCAUCGUGGUCGAAGACAUUGUAGAUACUGGACAUACCUUAUCUAAAGUCAUUGAGCACUUGAAAUCAAAAGGAGCGUCCUCUGUUUCUGUUUGCACUUUCCUUGAUAAACCUGCAAGGAGAAAAGUUCAUUUUCAGCUGGUGGGUGAAGGGAAAUACUACCGGGGAUUCGAGUGUCCCAACUAUUUCGUUGUAGGUUAUGGACUGGAUUUCGCCGAACUGUAUAGAAAUUUACCUUACAUUGGUGUCUUGAAGCCUGAACUUUACAAGUGAUCUUAUAUUUCUUAGUGAAACCUGUCACACGUGGUUCUAGAAGUUUUUCUGCCUCACAUUCUUCCAAAGAGUAGCAGAUAGAAACUAGAAGAAAAUUAAUAACAUGGACUUGCUAUGCGCUUUCCUUGGCUACCAUGAAAUAAAUUGUUUCAGAGCUUCUAUAUUUUCAUUUUUAAUAUUAUCUUAUUAAAGUAACGUGACAGUGUGUUACUUGGACCAAGUAUCAGACAAGGAAAAUGUUUGUCAAUACAAGAUCAAAUCAACAACUUAUUAGAGGGGCUAUUGUUUGCAACUGUUUUGAAAACCUUAAUUAAUUUUGCGGUUAUGUAUGUUUCACCUUUUAAUUC